ACGAGUUGCACUAUCGCUGCAGAUUGUGUGGUCUCUCUGUCGAGUUAGGAAAUACCUGCUCUGUACAUUCCGAAGGAACUUUGGUCCAAUCCAUAUAUUUGUAAAGGGUAUUUUUUUACUUUAUGUUCUCAGUGAGCUUUAUUCGGGACACCACCUGCAAAUCCGCUGAAGUUCUUCACCAGUUGCAAAUUUAAUACAAAGAACAAAAUGCCACGAUCUUUCCUCGUCAAGAAGUAUUUCACCAGCAAAAAGCCAAAUUACAGCGAACUGGAGAGUCAAGCUGACCCUUUCUCAGCAAUGGUGCCAGAGAGGUACCCUUUGGCAGAGCUGCCGACGGGGGAAAACGGCUCCUCUGAGUCCUGCUAUCCCUCUGGACUGGUGUGGAACGUGGGCCUCCUGCCUGCACUGUACACCCCAGUGUCCCCAAUCACCCCUUCCCCCUCAGGACCCCUGGACCUCAGCUCACAGUCCAGCAGCAACAGCAGCAGUGAGGAAGACGAAGGCCGCACGUCGGACCCUCCCAGCCCGGAGCCGGCCGACUGCUUCCAGUGCUCUCACUGCAGCAAGAGCUACAGCAGCCCUGCUGCCCUGUCCCGCCACCAGCUGUCCUGCUCCCGGGAAGACGAGAGGGUCGCGCCAGGGGCCCGUCCCGCCUUCCGCUGCAAGCACUGCCCCAAGGAGUACAACAGCCUCGGGGCCCUGAAGAUGCACAUCCGCUCCCACACGCUGCCCUGCGUCUGCACCACAUGUGGCAAGGCUUUCUCCCGGCCCUGGCUGCUGCGUGGCCAUAUCCGCACACACACAGGCGAGCGACCAUUCUCCUGCCCCCACUGCAGCCGCGCCUUCGCCGACCGCUCCAACCUGCGGGCCCACCUGCAGACCCACUCCGAGGUGAAGAAGUACCAGUGUGGCACCUGCUCUCGCACCUUCAGCCGCAUGUCGCUGCUUCACAAGCACAACCUCACCGGCUGCUCCUCCACCUAGAGCGGUGGCACGCCCAGAGACUGUGACCUCCCCAUUACAGCUUCGGUCCAGACCCCCUCAACAACCCCCCUCCAUCCACCUUCCAAAAUGCCACAGUCUGCCCUCCGCCACUGGAGACCUCGCCAGGGACAUCCAUGGAGAGAGCGGAGUGGGUGUACAGUAUGUGGCUCGUGAAAGCCGAUAUCUUCUUUGAAGUGGAUAAGUAUUCAAGUGCUCCAUGCACUCUGUAAUCACAAGCAAAGAAAAGCAAAUAUUAUCCCUCGUGCAUAUGAACUGGAUAUACGUGACACAGUCGCGACAGCAAUAACCAUUCAGAUGCGUUUUGUGGGGUGUGUUUUUUGAGACGGGCGGGGAGGGAGGGCAGAUGGACGUGUCAUUUAUUCCCAGGAUGCCCCGCGGUGCCGGCUGGCCCGGGACUGUGGCUCUGUUGCAGCUGCUGGCAAGUGUGUUUGUGCGUGGGGGGGUUGUCUCUCACCACGCUCCACACACAUCCAGGAAUGUAUUGAGACAGCUGCCCUGGUGCUGCACUGCUGGGGCUGGGUGCUGACAGGUGCGUUAGUCCUGACCUUUACCGCAGCGCCAACAGGUGACCCCCCCCCCUCCCCCAGCGGCAAACAAGACGGGGCACGGUGGCGUGGAGGCUGCGGGACUUGCAGAAUAUGGCUGUCUGCCACUGGUCGUGGAAGACUACUGCCUUUUUCCAAAAAACUGACCAUGUGAAGUGGAAAGCGGGGAGGCCUCGUUCAGCCUUGU